UCCUCCUGCCGAUCUCAAAGUAUGCCUAUCCUCCAUGCUCCGCGUUGUAGUAGCCAGGCAGCCACGCGAAGUGAAGCGAUGAAACAUACUAUCAUGUACGGGCCGGCACAUCCGCAUUGACUGAGAUGGCGAGUGAGCUUGGACAAUGGAGAUGCCUUUAGUCAAGAAGACCCUUUGGAUAUUGAGGAGUUUCAAGUUUUCUGAUUGUGGGUUAGAUGAUGGGGGAGUAGUGCGUGUGAUGCUAAACCGGCACAUGAUCCGUUUCUCGACCGCCUGCAAAUAAGAAGAUGCCUGGUGACGACGUGUUGGGUUUAGGGGAGGAGAUCAAGGUCUCAACAGGGUUUCCUCCAUGCAAGCCUGAUGUGAACAAGAUUGGGCUGUGCGGUCAUCGAAGGAUGCCGCUCACCAGGUCACUGACGUUGACUGCGCAUUUGACGUAUUGAAAUAUUGACGUAUACAACGUCCCACCAACCAGUAGAAAUGUACGGGUUUAAAGUAUGCUAAGGUUAAAAAAACAUAGUACGAUCGUCGAACUCCUCUAUAAAAGCUACAAAAGAGUUCUCACAAGGCUUCCUGCUUCCAUCAACCCCUACCCACCUCACUGACGUUAUGAGUAUAGUUAUGUAGACACAGACUUGGCACCAUUCCGUCCACUGAGCCUAGACCGGCCAGAUAUAUCGCAGCACCGUCCGUUCUUCCUCUGUUUCCCUUCAGCCAUCUAGCAUAUAACUAUUUUCUCUUCACCAUACGAAACCCUCAAUAUCCAGUCUCCAUACAACUCGUAUCGUAGCAUCCCGUAUCCCCAACUCUCCUCUAGUCCUCCCUAAGAUCUUCGAAAUAAAUCCUCUUCGGUAAUUGCCUGCUCUUUAUUACUUUCAUUACUGUGUAUAAUCACACAAUCUCUAACCUAAACACACUUUGCAACAAGUUCCGUAUUCCCUGUCCCCCAUACAAAAUUCCCCUUCUGCUUCUCUACCCUACAUAAUAACCUAAUCCAACAACAUAUUCUAGACACUGACCAGUCAACGCACAACCACACUUACUUUCAACUAGCCAUUACACACACCACAGCACCUCCCCUACCAACAACGACAAUCCAUCCAGACUAGACUUUACUUUUCUCUCAACUAUACCGUACCACAUCCAUCGCUUAUGCAUAUAUAGAACAGCUCUAUGGAUAAGAUCAAUCUCCU